UAAACGACAAUUGCGCAAAGUUCUUUUUUUACUCAUCUGACAGCAGAGCCCUGUUUUCUUUAAAAUAUCGUCUGCUUUGUUGUUUGGCAUAUGCUGUUCACGUUCCAUGUGGUUGGCAUUUUUUUUGAAUUGACAUUGUCCUCGACAUUCUGAUCGCUAAUUGAAUGGCUUUGUCCAACAAUACAACAGCAAUGACGUGCGCGUACUUCUUACAGACAAAGAAAAGAUAUUGCCGCAUGUCGGUUAAGCCGGGACGAAAGUUCUGCGGGGAACAUGCGUCCUUGGAUGCUGCAAACCAAGUCUGCCCUACUUCCGCUGCUAAAUAUGCACGAACGCCCUGUCCCUACGAUCCAAAUCAUUCAUGUUUUGUAUCACAAUUGACGAAGCACAUGGAGAAGUGCAACUCGAAACCCAAACCACUGCCAGAAUAUAUAAAGGAAAACAUAAAUGUCGUUGACAACAAUGAGGAGAUCAAAGUCAAUCUUGGAACUCUGUCAGAUGAGGAACUACUAGCCAUCAUUGCCCGGAUUUCCAAGAUCCAUUCAGAAUUUGUGGGAGACCUGCCAGUGUCUGUUGGGCGUCAUCCAGUGCUAGAACCCACACUUGCUUCGCUGACGGAGAGUCGAGGAAGUUGGCGUCACGUAUUCCAGAGUUCUUCCAUUCUUUACAAUAUGGCCAAACUUGGUGUUUUGACGUCUGGGGAAACGAGGAGCACAUAUGUCGAAUUCGGCUCAGGCAGAGGACAGUUGAGUUACGCGGUAGGUCAGGCGGUUAACCUGGAAACGGACGCUUUGCUGAUGAUCGACAAGUCGUCACCCAGGCAUAAACACGACAACCGCUACAAGGUGGACGGGGAAAGCCAUGCUUCCAUCCACCGAGUACGAGCCGACAUUGCUGAUGUGGAUUUGGGACAGGUGCCGCUCGUCCGCAACGACACAAAAAGGCUUGUCGGAAUCGGCAAACAUUUGUGUGGAGCAGCGACAGAUUUAGCGUUAAAUUGCCUCCAUAGAGCCAAUAAUCCAAAUGGAUUGGUACAAGGAGUUUGCAUAGCUCUUUGCUGCCAUCAUCAGUGCACCUGGCGACAUUACGUCGGGAAAGCUUUCUUUAAGGAAUUAAAUCUGAGCCAGACGGAUUUUGCUAUCAUGAGAGCCAUGACGAGCUGGGCAGUAUGCGGAUCACGCCAGGCCAAAGAACACAGCGAUCCUAUUGGAGAGAAUGAGGCCAAAACCAGCAUUUUACCCGGAAGAUACGCAGCCAUGGGUUUGGAUAUCGAACGCCGGGAAAAUAUCGGACGCCAGUGCAAACAAAUCAUUGACCGUGGCCGAGUUGAAUUUCUGUCUUCGUGGCCACUUCAGGCCAAGCUUUUGUACUACGUCGAGCCGGACAUUUCUCCUGAGAAUGUUCUCUUGCUUGCGCAUGCUUCGUAAAGUCAAUUUUUUUUAGGUAAAUAGACAUUCUUUUGAAAAUU